AUGACGACAUUAAAUAUGAUAUUCCAGAAAGCAUAUGUAUGUUGCGACCCGAUGAGGGCAAGUCCUGCGAUCGGACGGCAUCAGUUCGAUGGUUUUUUGACGAUCUCACUAACACCUGCCGUUCGUUUCUUUUCCGUGGUUGUGAUGGAAACUCCGAACAAUUUCCCUGUGCGGCAAAUGUGCAUGGAAUAUUGCGCUAGACCAGAGCUCUCAUGUCCCAGUGGUGCAGCGUUUCAUCGACAUCCUAACGGAGAGCUCCUUGAGUGCCAAUCGAAUGCUCAGUGUCCUUCCGACCACGAAUGCUUGAAACCGAUGUUCCAAGCGGUUGGCGAAGGGCGGUAUUGUUGCCCGACACGGCGGCACAUCUGUGAACAGCAGCCUGAUAAAGGAGAUGAUUGUGGACAAAGCGUCAUGAGACAAGCAUGUGCUGAUGCCUCUUAG